GCUUGUGUGCCUUUAAAUUUAAGUAGCCCUAACUAAUUCAGGUUACAUUUUUGGAUACCAUGGAUGAGCAAGGAGUGGAAGAAUUUAUUCUUGAAUAUGCUGCAAAGAAAGGCAUGACAGGAAUUCUUCAAGACAUCUUGGAGAGAAGAGGAAUGGAAUCAUUUCAAGUACUCUUUCUGGCUCCCAUUCGACUGUUCCUUGCUGUCGUUCUGGUGAUUAUCGAGAAAGAUGAUGUUGUUGUAUUUAGGAGGGUGAUUAAGAUUCUUAAGCUCAUCAACAAGAAAAUGAAAGGCAGUGAAAGUAAGCAUCUCAAAGUAUCACAUUCGUCCAAGAUCAUCAGAGAGUUAAAACGACGGAUUGUCCUGGACAAGAUAAGUCGAAAAGAGAGCACAGAAGAUGCCUACAGUUUGAUUGACAAGUACUUCCCCUAUAUUAGGAUACAUCCUAACAAGCAGACCCUGAAAGAGAGGAGAGACAGUGUUGAUCGAUUUCAAACUCAAGAAGUCAGAGAGCAGCUUCUUUCCAUCGUGUGUAGGAAUGAAUACAGACACCAUAAAGUACCAUCUGCAGAAAAGAAGUUUCUUGUUCAACAAGUGAAGAACUAUGUCAGGGAGGUCAAUGAUGAUCUUGCGCCAACCAAAAUUGAGCAGUUGUCUUCACGCAACGGUCGUUUUCAAUGUGAUGUACAUGAUUUCUUCAAUAAUGAAAAAUCAGAAAGAAAGGGCAUUUACAAGAGACUUGUCUCAAUCUGCAUGGCUGGUCUUCCUAGUGAAAAUGAUCUGUAUAGCCUUCUUAGGGAAAUCUGGAAUGAAGAUGGUCCAAAGAAAGGGAAAACAAGAAGAAAACUGCGUAGAGAUGAGGAGUUUGAAGAGUUGGACAAUGUUGGGGAGAAUUCGGAUGAAAGAAGAGAAGAGGAUCCAGAAGAUUUACACCAAGGAGCUGUGUUAUAUAAGGGAGAUAUUAGUACACCAACCUGCUUAGAGAAUGGGGUGAGGAGUCGACAGAUUGCGGAUAGUCUGUAUUUAAAAAUCAUGAAAGAGGUUAUGGAAUCGGAUAAUGAAGCUGAAAAUGAGGAAACUAGAAGGAAUAAGGUUCUUAGCCGAAGUGACUUAAGCAACAGAAGCAAAGAUCUUGAUCAGAGCAUGGAACAGUCAUAUAGUGUUACACAGGAUCUUGACCGUGACUUCAUAGAAUCAACUUACCCGAGCAGAUCUGGGAUUAGAUCGAGGCGACAGUCAUCUCAUGCGAGGAGUGAUGUACCUCACCCUAGGACGUCAACACCAGGUGUGGACAGUCAUUGUAAUCAAACAAGGAAGGUGUCACCUGGUGGUGAAAGAGAUUAUAAUCAAUCAAGUGCCCCAUCACCUGGUGUCUUCAAUGAUCGUCAUCAAACUAGGAGACAGUCACCCAGAGAUCAUCAUAGAUCUAGAGGACAGUCGCCUGAUGGUCAUAGCAGAGCUCUUAAUCAAUCUGGAACACCAUCGCCCAAGGCUGGCAACCAUCUUGGUGUAUCAAGGAUAUCAUUACUUGAUGAUGAUAGUCAUUGUAAUCAUGCUAGGAAGCAGUCACCAGAUGCUAACAAUCAUUGUACUCAAUCUAAUAUACAUUCAAUUUAUGAGAGCAGGGUCUUUAAUAAGUCUAGUAACCAGGCUCCUAUGAAUAACGUUAAUCUUAAGUCUAGAAGACAAUCACCAAAGAGGCAGGCUCCAGACAAUGUCAAAAAUCUUAAGUCUAGGAGACGGUCUCCAAGGAGGCAGGCCCCAGAUGGUAUCAUAUCUCUUAAUGAGUCUAGCAGACAGUCACCAAGGAGACAGGCCCCUGAUGAUAUCAGAGAUCUUGUAUGGACCCCUGAUAUUAGAGAUCUUGAUCAUUCUAGUAGACAGUCACCAAGGAGACAGAUCCCAAGUAAUAGAGAUCUUCACCUGGCCCCAAAUGAUAUCAGAGAUGUAAAGGAUUCUAGGAAGCAGUCACCUGGGAUACAGUUCCCUGAUGAUAUCAGAGACAUUAAGACUAGGAGACAAUCCCCAAUAAGGCAAGCCCCUGAUGAUAUCAGAGAUCUUAAUGAGUCAAGAAGACACUCACCUAGAAGACAAGCCCCUGAUGAUAUUAUAUCUCUUAACGAGUCCAGGAGGCAGUCACCAAACAGGCAGACCCCUGAUGAUAUCAGACAUCUUAAUUCAAGAAGACAGUCACCUAGAAGACAAGCCCCUGAUGAUAUCAUAAAUCUUAAUGAUCAUGGGGGACAGUCACCAAAGCGGCAGACCCCUAAUGAUAUCAGUCUUCUUAAGUCAAGAAGACAGUCACCGAGAAGACAAGCCCCUGAUGAUAUCAUAUCUCUGAAAGAGUCAAGGAGACAUUCACCAAGGAGGCAGGCCCCUGAUGAUAUAUCUCUUAACGAGUCUACAUGUAGGAGACAGUCACCGAAAAGGCAAGCCUUUGAUGAUAUCAUAAAUCUUGAUGAUAAUGGGGGAGAGUCACCAAAGAGGCAGGCCCCUGAUGAUAUCGGUCAUCUUAAGUCAAGAAGACAGUCACUGAGAAGACAAGCCCCUGACAGUAUCAUAAAUCUUGAUGAUAAUGGGGGACAGUCACCAAAGAGGCUGACCCCUAAUGAUAUCAGUCAUCUUAAGUCAAGAAGACAGUCACUGAGAAGACAAGCCCCUGAUGAUAUCAUAAAUCUUGAUGAUUAUAGAGGACAGUCACCAAAGAGGCAGGCCCCUGAUGAUAUCAUAUCUCUUAAAGAGUCUAGGAGUCAGUCACCUAGAAGUCAAGCCCCUAAUGAUUUUAGAGAUUUUAAUGAAUCUAGGAGACAGUCACUGAGGAAGCAGCCCAGCAAUUAUAUCAGUCAAGAUCAUCAUGAAGGACCUGAUGAAGAUAUUGAGGAGCCAAUGGACACUGAUUCUGAUGACUUUGACCUGGUUCAAGGGGCAGCUUGUAAGCAGAAACAGGAAUCUCCGGAGAUGACCUUGUGUAAGCCAAGAAGGUGUUCUGUAAUCCUAAAAGACUGCAAAGAUUUAUGCAUUGAGAAGUUGGGAGAGUGGAAUGUAGAGAAAUCAUUGAAGGUCGCUAAAGGGCAUUCACCAUCGAAUGAUCACCCAUCCAGCCUGUUACAUUUACCAACUUGUUCUAUUAUGAAGGAAUUACACACAAAGGGACAAGGUAAAGGAGGACUAUCAGAAGUAAGACAGAGAUCCUCGCCACCAAGGACUGAAAUGAGCCACACUUCAUUCAUGGCUAUGCUUGGCUUGACCCCAACAUCGAAGGUCAAGGCGUCAGAUGCGGCAGUUGUGAAUGAAGUGAAACAAAGAUCUCCACCAAUUACCAACACUGACUCACCUUUGGGAACUCUUCGUCUGCGCCGAUGUUCGGUUGUCAUGGUAAAGCUUGAGGAGGUUAUGGAAGGAGAAGAAGCUGAAAACCAAACCUCUGUACCUCCCACCAUCUCAUACUCAGGCCAAGAAGAAGUAGUCCAGAACAUUCCUUUUAUUCAAGAUCAUGAUAGGGUAAUGGAAGUUAAAGUUCCAGCCUCUCCUUCCAUCACUGUCCGAGGCCAUGAAGUAGGUGACCAGAGCUCGUCUUCUUUUGAAGACCAUAAUGGAGUUAUGAAAGAAGCCCCUGUCUCCCCUUUCAUCAUCGACUCGGAUCAAGAAGAAGAAAACCAGAGCACUUCUUUUCUUCUAGAUCAUAAUGGGAUGAUGGAAGGAGCUCCUUGUUCCGUCGCUGACUCAGGCCAGGAAGUCGAGGACCAAUCCACUCCUUUUCUUCUACAUGAUAAUCGGGGAACUGUCGAGCAAGCAGUCAAAGACCUGAAAAGACGAUCUCCACAGACUAACAAGUUGAACUUGUCAAGAUGUGUCCGCCUGCGUGGGUGUUCUGUGCGUCUUAGAAAGUAUAAAAAGUCAGCUGCAACCCAUAUCAGGAGGCUCAUCCUCAGAAGAGUAAGCGGACCAUCCAUUUUCAAAAUAAAGAACUAUGUGAGAAUGAGCAUACACACACCACACUGUGGAAGAAUAAGACUGAGACAAAGAUUGCCAGCAUCUGGUCUUUACAUGUGAAAAAAAUAUAUAUUCCCUGGAAAUUUAAUGCAAGAGAAUCUCCAACAACUGCUUUUGAUCACAAUUGAUGCAGUAUUGCCUCAUGCGAUCAACAUGUAAAAUAUACAACCGAAGCGAAAAAUGAAUUUAAUGACGGGGUCUACCCAGUACCCAGUUCCAGAAGGCUGAAACUUAGUAUGAUGUUAAUUAUUGAUCAACACAUCCAUGCCUGUUUUUGUGCAAGAAUAAGAAAGCAUUUGAAAAGAAGUAUUUACUGCUUCUACGAAAAAUUUCAUUUUUGGAAAUUUUGCUCAAACGUUAUGGCAUGGUAGGGGUUGAUUCUAAUAUUUAGAGCCAACCCUAUGUGAGGAAAUCAAAUUGCAUCCCUCUUGAAAUAUUUUACCAUCAUAUAUCAAGGACAGCAUCAAUUCAUGGUGCUAUGUUAACAUAUUUUAAAGAUUUUUUUUCAAAUGCCAAGGAUGGCACAGCCUUUCCUUGAUUUCUGGUGCUACUUAUUUCAAGUACUGUUUUUGUAAUCAGAGGUUUAGUUCUUCAUUUUGUAGUCAUAUUGAAAUAUAGCUGUUAUUUUAUGUUUAUGUAUCUAUGUGUAUGUUUGUGAAAAAUGGUGUAUUCAACAAAAAAUCUUUUAUAUUAGCCAAAUGAAGCUAGCGCACAUGCUUUGCUCUUCUACUAGUUUAAAUAUCCUUGCAUUUCAUAACAUAGAAUAGGAUAAUGAAUCAGUCAAUUUACUGUCAGAUACAUGUAAAGCUAAGUGGAAUUCAGUGGGUAUUUCACAAAUAUUUAAGUCUGACUGAAAUUUCUUAAUAAUGAGACAAUGUGUUAGAUAUCGUUUCCACGUUAGAUUAAGCAUGUAUUGUAGACAGACUUAAUCUUAUAAUAAUAAUAAUGUACUUAUAUAGCGCAUAAUACUGGUAAUCUCUAUGCACUUAAAAUAAUGAAUUAUCUAUUAUAUAAGAGAUCAAAUUAUUAAUAUGGUUUUCAUUAAAAAAUAAAAUAUUAUUCUACAUUAAAAUAAGUAUUGUGCUACAUUGUAAUAAACAUUAAAUUUACAUAUAUCAUUACAUGGUAUUAAUUUGGUACUUAACAUAUUGAAUACAACUAUAUUAAACUAUAUUACACUACAACAAUGAAAAAAGAUCUUGAUUGAUGUCUUGAAAUGAGCUGUUGAAGUGGCUUCACAUAGUUGAGGUGGUAGAGAGUUCCAUAGAUGUGAAUAUAUGAAUCUAAGGCAGAUAGUCACAAACUAAGACGUAUUUAGAAUCUGAAAUGGUCAUUAAACGUUGUCUCUCAGUUGCUUCAUCAAUGGAAGUGUUCUCUUCCAAAUGGUAAUAGAUCCACUUUUGAUGAAAAUUUAACCAUUAAAACAAAGUAGCAUUUCGAUAUAGUAUUAUUUUUGAAUAAUAUUUAAUCUCAAAAUCUAGAACUACUGAAAAUUACACUUUCCAGCAUUUUUUUUCCAUGGACAUGUGUAAUGUAAGCUUCAUUCAAACAUGGUGAGAUUAAGCUCAUUAACCUUUCUAAUUCAAAGUGAAAUGAGGCAUUAAUAUACAUGUAAUUGUUAUAAAAGCUCUUGCCUGAUCAUUUUAUUGAGAAAAAAAGUGAGCACAAGAUGAAACUUUGUCAAAAGUUACACAGGUGGAGCCGAUAUCAUAAAACAUAUUCAUGUCAUCAUGAUGAGGACACAUAAUAUGGGUUUUGGCAUGCAACUUUGACACUUUGUUUUACCAUGUUUGAACACUGAGAACUGAGCUUUGUCUCACUGGCAUAAUUGUGUUUCUCAAGUUUUAUAGAAAAUCUUUUUUAUUCAAUUUUGAGUGUUUAUCUUAUAUAUGUGAAUACAUGAAAACUAAUGAUAUUCAUGAACAUGAAUUCUGAUUUUUUUUCUGUAGGAUUGACUAUUUGAAGUGCAAUUACUUCUUUUUGUUAUGGUACAAAUUGAAUUCGUCUUACAACUCAUUCACAAAUCAUUCAUUUUUGAUAAAUGUAUUUCUAAAAUGUGAAUUAGAAAUAUAUAUAUUUAUACAGUGCCGUCUAUCUGAUAAAUCUAUUCUAAGGUGUAUUAGUAUAUUACCCCCAGCUUCAGCUCGAGCUGUUGCUUUCAGCACUCAGUGUAUUCAGAAAAAAAAACUGUAUUGUGAUUAAGAGGAAAAAUGAGUAUAAGACCUGUAAAUUGUUUUACUGAUCAGUGUUCAAUCGGAGCGAGUGUACAUGUAUGUGAAUAAUUGAUUCUUGGUAUCAACAUGAUUAUAUCUCGAGAAAGCAAAAAAAAAGUGCCUGCAUGCGUUUAUGAAAUUCAUUUUCUGAGUACUGAUAUUUUUGUAUUGUGUAUUAUUUGUUUUAUGCCAUGUUUGAAGAAAGAGAGGCUGAAGAGUAGAAUUACAGGGUUUUGAAAUGGUACAUGGCCUGCUUGCACAAAAUUCAACAACUAUGGUAACUCUGCCAUCAGUAUCAACUACCAUUGUUACAUUCCUCAUUGCUUAUUGUAUUAUUUCUCUGCUUUCACAGACAUAAUGUCUUGUUUUUUAUUUCUGAAAAUGCCAAAUAAAAUACCAAUUUUAUUUGGCCACAAUAUUUAGUCUUCAGUUUACAAUGGACUUCCACAUCAGUGUGUAUGCAAUGCAUCUAAUGGUUUUCAAGACGAGCUAUAUUAAUUACAUGUAUGUAAAUUCAAUGUUU